AUGGGAAAAAGAACGGUUUUAAUUAUUUUAUUACUAUGUUAUUAUGUAAGUGCAUAUUCGCGUUCAGACGAAAACGAAACGUUGAAAAAAAAACUGUCUUUAAACAAUGAACCAGAAUUCAAUGUUCGACAACUUAAUAAACCAUUCAAAAUUAAUAAACUUAAUUUAGUUUGGAGCAAAGCUAAACAGAGAUGUUCAGAACCAGAAUUGAGAUCAUUGCUAUCAGAGCUGCGAAUUCAAGAUGAAGACGAGCGAGAACUUAAGGUGUACAAAACCAAAAACUUAGAUAAAGAUGGGGAAAUGGAAUCUAUUGUUCGAAAAAAACUUUUAGGUAUAUUGGAAAGAUACAAGUUGAGCUAUCAUUUUGACAAUACUGAGAAUGAACCUCAAAUUAUUAAUCAUACAAAUUUUGAAACACAAGAUCGUGUUUCUGGAGAUUCAUCUAAAGUUGUUGAUAAAUAUUUAUUGCAUGAUAAACGAUUAAACAAACUAUGGGACCAAGCUAAACAAUCUGGUUUUACAAAUAUUGAGCUAUUAGCACUGAAAGAUGAAUUUUUAAGCCACCAAAAAAAAAUUGAUGAAUUUUAUUCGUUGACAAAUGAAAUUGAGAACAUGCAAAAUGAUAUACCUAUAGCAAUUUCAAAAAAAGGAUUAAAAGAUGAUCUCAAUUCAUUACACGAAUUUCAAGGUUUUACAGAUUUCAGUCAUAAGCAAAGGAACUUACAAAAUCAAGUACGUGAUAUAAAAGAUAGUUUUGAUCGUCUUCAUCGACUAUCACUAACCGGUCCAAAUAGUGAAGAGUUUGUAGAACCUAAAGUACAAGAAAUUUGGAUUAAAGCUCAAGAAACAAAUUUUAGUAAAGAUGAAUUGGAACUUCUGCAUGAUGAAUUAAAAGAAUAUGAGAGACGACUAUUAAAACUUCGACAUUUUAAUGUGGAUCUAGCAGCUGGAAAUGAACAUGAUAAUAUUGAAAAAAAAAUUAAAAAAGAGAGUAGAAAUGUGCAAAAGUUACACAAAAUACUGGAAGACAAAAUACAAAAACGGAGAGAAGAACUAUAG